CGAAACCAAACACUGAAUGCUACUGUUGCCUGGUUACGUAUUGCUUGGCUUCCGACAACCAGCAGCAUUUUCGACAGAACCAAGUUGUGUAUCACAAUGGCAGAAGACACGCAAGAGAUCCCAAAACUGGAGCUAGAGGCAGUUAUUGGUUUCAACGGGGAUGUGUUUUCUGGACUCAAAGUGCACCCAGAUAGAGAACACCUCAUUUACCCGCUGGGCUCCACUGUUAUUAUUAAAAGUCUAAAGAGUGGAAAGCAAGCUUUCCUCCAUGGCCACACAAACAAUGUCUCUUGCAUUGCUGUGUCAAAAAGUGGACGCUAUAUUGCAUCGGGGCAGAUCACUUUUAGAGGCUUUAAGGCUGAUGUUAUUAUCUGGGACUAUGAGAAGCAAGAGAUUUAUGCCCGUCUCGUGCUCCACAAAGCUAAAGUUGAAGAUCUUAGCUUCUCCCCUAAAGAAAAGUACCUGGUCUCUCUUGGGGGACAGGAUGACGCCAGUAUUGUGGUGUGGAACAUCAAGACUAAGGAGGCGAUCUGUGGAAGUCCUGCUUCAGCACAAAGUGCCGGUCACUGCCUCACCGUAGAGUACACCAAUCUAAGUGAUGAAAUCUUUGUGUCUGCUGGGAAUGGAACUGUACGUGUGUGGGAGCUCGAUUUGCCCAACCGAAAGAUCAGAGCCACAGAAUGUCAAACAGGACAACUUAAGAGAAUUGUCAAAUGUAUUGAGAUCCAUAAAGAUGAUAGUUUCUUCUAUUGUGGAACAACUAGUGGGGAUAUUCUGAAAGUGAACUUGAAGACCAGGUUGCUCAACAGUUGUGGUCCCGUUAAACAAAAAUUCAGCAAGGGAGUGAACACUCUUAAAGUCUUAAAGACCGGGGAUAUUUUAGUCGGAUCAGGAGAUGGCAUGUUAACCAUGUGCUUGGGAGAGAACUUCAAAACUAUUAAGAGUGUUCAGUUGGAAGGAGGGGUGACAUCAGUGGGUCUGCGUGGAGAGGGGCAGCAGAUUUUCAUUGGGACAGAAGCAGCACAGAUCUACACUUUGGGUUACACUGAUUUUAAACCAGAGCUUAUUGCCACAAAUCAUAAUAGUGCUGUUAAGGAUGUGGCCUUUCCCUUCGGGACUUCUGAGCUCUUUGCCACCUGUUCACAGAAAGAUAUACGGGUCUGGCAUGCUGAGUCUUCCAAGGAGCUCUUGCGUAUUUUGGUGCCCAACAUAACUUGCAAUGCUCUUGGCUUUAUGAAGGAUGGCAGGAGCAUCUUCAGUGCUUGGGAUGAUGGGAAGAUUCGAGUUUUCUUUCCAGAGAGUGGAAAGCUGAGGUUGAUCAUUCAUAAUGCCCACAGUAUGGGGGUGACUGCUAUAGCAGCAACCAGUGACUGCAAGAGGAUUGUCAGUGGAGGUGGAGAAGGACAGGUAAGAGUUUGGGAAAUAUUUCAAAACUCAUACCGACUCAUUGAGAUCAUGAAGGAGCACAAAUCUACCAUCAACUGCAUUAAGAUAAGAAGUAAUGAUAAGGAGUGUGUGACGGCCAGCUCUGAUGGAGCCUGCAUCAUCUGGGACUUGGUGAGGUUUGUAAGGAAUCAAAUGGUUUUGGCCAACACCCUCUUCAGUGUUGUGUGCUACCACCCUGAGGAAUACCAAAUCAUCACCAGUGGCACUGACCGAAAGAUUGGCUACUGGGAGGUUUAUGACGGCUCUGCAAUCAGAGAACUUGACGGCUCCUUGUCAGGGGCUAUAAACGGCAUACACAUUUCUGAAGAUGGAAGAUACUUCGUGACUGGUGGAGAUGAUAAACUACUGAAGCUCUGGCUUUACGAAGAUGGUGAAGUGACCCACAUUGGCAUUGGACACAGUGGAAGCAUCACAAAUGUGAGCAUCUGUCCCAACAGCAAAUAUAUUGUCAGCACCAGUGCUGAUGGAGCCAUCCUAAGGUGGAGAUACCCACAAACUUCAUAAAAACUGAAGAAGAUCUUCUGAUGCCAUUUCUGUCUAGAUUAUAUUUCAUACCGACAAUAAAUUGAAUGUCUCAGACAAAGAAUGUAUUGUUUAGGCCCAUCAUUUUACAACUGAAAUUUACAUUAUCGUAUUUAACAAACAAAUGCAUGUAGACAUUUUAAGUGAUUUGGCACUACUGUAAUCCUCAGGUAAACAUGAUUGUAUAAUGAAUUAUUUUACUGUCACAGAACCAAAAUAUAGAUGGGACCCUUAUAGCUUACAGAAAUCCUAAUGAGAUUUUAUAGUACCAUUUACCAUCUCUGACUCUUGUCAAUUGACCGCAAUAAAGCUGUCUAGAGCUCCAA